AUGGCGGCGUACAUGUGGAACACCCAUAUUUACCCAAGCGAAUGCUUUGUGGAGUCCUGCGGCGCACUGUUAUUCGAUCUUUCAGGCAAAUCUAAGAAGGUCUGCCUCCUCCAUCUCAUCAAGAAUAACCACUGGACGCUGCCGAAAGGCCGGCGCAAUUGUAAUGAGACGCGUCAAGAGGCCGCAGUGCGGGAGGUCCGCGAGGAAUCGGGCUACUCGUGCCGGCUGCGACCCGUCACCAUGCCGACCCGUGCCCCGUCCAACAUGGAGGCUGCCGACGUGAAGGAUCUUCCGAGAACCUACGACGGGCUUACGGAGCCCUUCUUCUUGGAGGUUCGGGAGCUGGGAGACGACGGCGGAGGCGGCGUCAAACUCGUUUGGUGGUUUAUCGCCGAGCUAGACCGAAGCGCAAUCCACGGCAAGCCGGAGGUCCACUUUAAACCCGAGUUCUUCGACUGCGACUAUGCGCUGAAGAAGCUGACGUUCCAGAAAGACCGAGACAUGCUGCGCAGGGCCAUUGACCUGCUGGAGAACUCGGGGUGGAAUUGCUUCCGACAGUGGAAAUAG